UACACUCUUUUUUACACUAUAACUACUAAUACACCUAUUUUUUACACUAUAACUACUAAUACACCUAUUUUUUACCCUGUAAUUACCGGUAUAAUGUAAAAAAAUAGUAUUAAGGGGUGAGAUUCGAAACACACAAGGGCAUAAAUGUAAUUAGACAUGAUAAGUAGUGAACCAAAUGAAAACAGCAACACUUGCUUUAUCAAGAAUCCGGGGUGGACGUUACCUUGUGGAUAAUGUUUCCGAUCGGAAAUCAAAUGAAUUGAAGCUCAAAUCCACCGUCCACCACCUUUCAAACAAAUGGUUUUCUUAAUCUUCUAUACACACAUACACCCUACGCCGCCGCCUCUUCGCAAUCAGCAACUAUGGCCGGCUCCGGCCAUCACCCAACCCUUCUUCCCAUUAAACCCCACUCCCACUUUCCCUCGCCGGAUUCACACAAAGGCACGCCGCUGGGACUCGAACGCAGAGACAUUCCGAACACAAAGCUUCGAUUUUAACUCCGGAGACGACGAUGACGAUGACGAUGACGAUGACGAUUUUGAAGACGAUGAUGCAAAUCAGUGGCUCGACAUCCUUGAAGACUUCAUUGACGGUGUGUGGAUUUUUAAGGUAUUCCGAUCAUUUGGGUGGUUUCUUCCGGCGAUAAUCUCGUCUCUACUGUUGACGUCAGGUCCGAAAGCGUUCCUUAUGGCGAUGGCUAUUCCCCUCGGCCAAUCGGCGCUUUCUAUGUUAUUUCAAACGGUUUGGGGAAGACCGAAGAAUAAAACCAGACGUCGAGGCAAGAGCAAGAGCGAGGGUAAGAGGAAACCGCCGCCGCCGCCGCGACGUGGUGGUGCAAGCUAUGUGUACAUGGAUGAAGAAGAGUACCCCAGAGGGGAAAGAAAAAGGGCUCCCGGGUAUCAAACAUGGGUGGCCGGAGACGGUGGUGCAAGUGAUAACAAAAGUGGUGGUUCAUCGGCGAGUUUUGGUGGGUGGGAAGAACUGGAUAGAAAAAGUGGGUCGUUUAAAGAUGGAAAGCGGAAGCCAUUGAAGAGUAAAUUGAGCAGGAGAGAAAGACGAAGCACGACACCAUUGUUUUUUAGAUUGUUGAUUGCAGUAUUCCCAUUUUUAGGUUCAUGGACUAGAAUGCUAUAAUAAGAUUACAAUGAUCUUUUAUACAAAUAAUGAGCAAUAUAUUUUAUUUGUUUAUAAACAGUAGAAAUGUAUUUAUAUUUUUGCAGCAAAAUGCAAUAACGUUGCUAUUUUUUUGGUAAAAAAAUUACAUUGCCAUUGUAGGAACAUAGUUACAUCAUUUCGCUGUUGAUGAAAUAUGUAAUAAAUACUUUUAAGUUUCAAC